AUGUUCACCCAAACGCCCACCGAGCUCAUCUACACUUACGACCACGAGACCCUCCUCAUCUGCCCUUGGGGUCCCAACGCACUGCGCGUGCGAGCCACAAAAUGUGCCACGAUGCCCACCGAGGACUGGGCCCUCGACGAGCCAGCACCUCCGACUCCCCAGCCCCAAAUCACCAUCGACCCAGCCAACAGCCAAGCCACCAUCACGAACGGCACCGCCCGCGCGACCAUUUCCCGCGGCGGCAAGCUCACAGUCCACAACGCGGCGACGGGCGCGCUCCUGCUGGAAGAGUACCACCGCACCCGCACCGACGUGCGCGACCCUAAGGCCUCAGCGCUCGAGGUGGAGGCGCGCGAGCUGCGGCCCAUCGCAGGGGGCGACUAUGCGCUCACGAUGCGGCUCGAGUCCGUGUCGCGCUCCGAGAGGCUGUACGGCAUGGGCCAGUACCAGCAGCCGUAUCUGGACCUGAAGGGGUGCGACCUGGAGCUGGCACAGCGCAACAGCCAGGCCAGCGUGCCGUUCCUGCUGAGCAGCCUGGGGUACGGCCUGCUGUGGAACAACCCGAGCGUGGGUCGGGCGGUGCUGGGGACGAACAUCAUGUCGUUCUCUGCCUCGAGCACGACCAAGCUGGACUACUGGCUGGGCAUCGUCGAGGCCUACUGCGCCGUCACGGGCAGGCCGCCCAUGAUGCCCGAGUACGGCCUGGGCUUCUGGCAGAGCAAGCUGCGCUACCAGACGCAGGACGAGCUGCUGGCCGUGGCGCGCGAGUACAAGCGGCGCAACCUACCACUCGACGUGCUCGUCAUCGACUUCUUCCACUGGCGCGCACAGGGCGAGUGGUCGUUUGACAAGGCGUACUGGCCAGACCCGCAGGCCAUGGUGGACGAGCUGCGGUCGCUGGGCGUCGAGCCCAUGGUGAGCAUCUGGCCGACGGUCGAGCCGGCCAGCGAGAACUGGAACGAGAUGCUCGAGAGGGGCUUGCUGAUCCGCAACGAGCGCGGGUACAGGGCCGUCAUGGACUUCCAGGGCAACACGGUGCACUUUGACGCGACGAACCCAGAGGCCAGAACUUAUGUGUGGGCCAAGGCCGCGCGCAACUACGGCCAGUACGGGAUCCGGCUGUUCUGGCUCGACGAGGCGGAGCCCGAGUACAAGACGUACGACUUUGACAACUGGCGGUACCACCUGGGCCCUUCGCUGGCCGUCGGCAAUGUCUACCCUCGCCACUACUCGCAGGCCUUUUACGAGGGCGCGCUGGCGCAGGACGGCAGCGGGCGGUUCCGGGGCCAGGACCCCAACGCCGUCAACCUCGUGCGCUGUGCGUGGGCCGGCAGCCAAAAGUACGGCGCGCUGGUGUGGAGCGGCGACAUUGCCAGCAGCUGGGGCAGCCUGCGCAACCAGGUCGCUGCGGGCCUGAACAUGGGCAUUGCGGGCAUCUCGCACUGGACGACGGAUAUUGGAGGGUUCCACGGCGGGAACCCUGACGAUCCUGGGUUCAGAGAGCUGCUCGUGCGCUGGUUCCAGUGGGGCACUUUCCUGCCCGUCAUGAGGCUCCAUGGGGAUCGGUAUCCUCAGAAGGCGCCCCUGGGCAACAGUGGUGGGGGCAAGUGUCCCUCGGGCGUGGACAACGAGGUGUGGUCGUAUGGCGAGGAGGUCGGUGCUGUGCUGGAGCGCUACCUGAGGCUGCGCGAGAGCAUGCGUGCGUAUGUGAGGGGUUUGAUGGAGGAGGCGAGCGAGAAGGGGACGCCGGUGAUUCGGACGCUGUUCUUGGAGUUUCCAGAGGACGAGCGUGCGUGGGAGGUCGAGGAUGAGUACAUGUUUGGCGAGAGAUAUCUUGUCGCUCCUGUUCUGUAUGCUGGCUUGAUGAAGAGGACGGUGUAUUUUCCCAAGGGUGCAAAGUGGAAGGAGAUGGAGGGGGAGAAGACGUUUGAGGGUGGUACGUCUGCAGAAGUCGACGCUCCUCUGGAGAAGAUGCCCGUGUUUGAGCGAGCAUAG